AAUUUCAAUAAUAACUUCGCUUUAUUGUUCAUGACUGGAACUUUACAGUAUAAAGUGGAACGUUGACUGUAACGUAUCGUCAAUAACUUAAUAUAUAUAUAAAUAUAUGACUUGCAGUAUUCGUAAUAAAUAAAAGCAGAUUCUGUAAGAUAUUAUUGAAUUAAUAAGUAUAAAAAAAUGGGACGUCUUGCAGAGCUUGUUGGUGAUCAAAUGUAUGGAGAAAAGUCUAGAACUUUUAUAUUUUCAGACGAAGGCCAUACAUUAGGAAAUGCACUUCAAUUUAUAAUAUCUCAAUAUCCUGAUGUAGAGUUCUGUGGAUAUACUGUACCUCAUCCAGCAGAAACAAAGAUGCACUUCAGAAUACAAACUAAAGACGGUCCAGCUGCGGAUGUAUUAAGACGUGGACUUGAAGAUUUGAAAAAAGUUUGUGAUCACACUUUGGAAACUUUCUAUGAAGCAUGUAAAGAAUAUAAAAGUGCAUAAACCUUUAUUCUACUUCCAUUGUAACAAGAUAAAUAAUAAAUUUAAAUUAAAAUA